AUGCAGGGUGGUGGAUAUCCGACUUCACUCAGCGCUGUGGACACGGCCCACAUUGACCUCUCCAUGAGCCGUUCCGACUUCUCUGCAUGGAUCGACACCGCUCGCACCGCCGCUCUUGAGCGUGCCCUUGAGAUGGUCAAGGAGAAGACUGAGGAUCUCUUGUUGAAACAAGCUGCCUUGCAGGCUGCUUUGGAGCGCAGGGAGCGAGAGGACAAGGAGCGCAAGGAGCGGGAGGACAAGGAGGAGGCCUCGCAGCUGGUUUGGAAAACAAACGACAUAGCAAGCAUGGUUUGGGACUUCGAGGGCACCCGCUCUUGGUGGCCUGGCACAAUCCAUGGCAGGGUGAGCAUUGUUCGUGUCAAGGUUGUCGACGAGACCCAGAUGGUGGAGAUGCAAGAUUGCACAACUGGCGAAGACUACAUCGGGCCAUCGCGCCAACAGAUUGUCCAGACACCCGGGCAAGAGCUCGGGACCUUUACCCACAAGGUGUCGUUUGAAACUGCCAGCAACAAGUUCACACUGUCACGUACGAGUGGGAAGGACAAGCUUGAGGCGGGAGAAAUCCUCGAGUGGGAGCUUGCAUUUCCAGAAGAUGAUGGCAGCACAACUGCCAUGGUAGUUCCAGGCUUGCCACUUUCCUACUCCUUCAAGCUUGACAGCAAGCGGGUUGAGAUUGCGACUCAAAUAGAAGGCGCCCGUUUGCGGCCCAAAGAGGCUUGGCAUAGAACACCAGACCCACAGGAGUUUCCAGAGUCCAGUGCCAUCGUAUUGAUGGAGCCUAGUGGCAUGUCCAGCAUCGCUUUUCAGAACAUGCACAGUCGCUCGAUCUUUGUCAAGAUUUGCAGACUUGAGGCUGCUAACGAAGAUCGUCCUGAGGCCGUGGCCAAGGUGUUUUGUCGUCCUUUUGAGCUGAGUCCCAAAGCUCAGCUGGCCGAAGGCAAGUACCACGUACGGGUGGCCGCAGGACAUGAGUGGAGAGGUGAAACAUACUUGUUCGGGCCUGCCGGGAUGUACCUCAGGGGGAGUGAGGCCCAAGUGGUGCAGUUCAAGACAGACCAUACAAUUUCCUACCCUGCAGGCAGCGAGGGCUUGGAAGCUGUUGACCAGCGUCGUUGGUGA